UCAUGGAAAGAUUUUGCUUAAAUCCAGAACAUUAAAAUAAACAAAUUAUAGGUUAUUGUGUAUAAGAAUUGUGUCGAAAGUAAACAAGAGCACUUUGUAUGAAAUGUAUGACUGGAUAGGCACAUUCAGGACAUAAAAUUAUAGAAUAAACUGAAGAAGAAGAUUUUUUUCGUGAACCCAAUUUAAUUUAUACAGAUUUAAUAGCAAAGUUAAAUCUAAUUAAAAGAUAAUUCACUUAAGGCAUUUCUUUCUUAGAGAGAAUUUUAGAAAAACAUUACAGACCAAUUCCAUUAAAUAAUAUUGGAAAUCAAGAAGUCGAUAAUAAAAUAAAUUGCAUAUUAAAACUUGAUAAAGUUUAGAAAUUAGUAAAUGACAGAAUAGACAAUAUUUUUGAACAUACAUUAAAAUCAAUAAAACUUACAUACCAAGAUUUAACCAUAGGAACAGAAUUUUAAUGUAAAAUCAUAAAUAUAUUGUAUUAGGUUAUGAAUAGACUUAAAAAUAAAACUAUAAGGAAGCACUUCCAUUAAUUGAAUAAUGUUUGUUGUUGGAUAGCAAAAAUACUAUUUUGAAGUUGGCUAAAGGUAAUAGAAUUAUAAUAUAUAUAUAGCUGAAAUUUAUUCAAAUACAAAUAAAGUAUUAGAAGCAAGAUAAAUUUAUGAGCAGAUACUUUAAACAGAAGAUGCCAAUCCUUGGGCUUUCUUAGAAUUUCGUAUUAAUUUAUUUUAAUUGAAUUAGACAAACUUCUUAAUUAGCAAGAAAGGAGAUGAUU